AUGACCUCCCUCCCUUUCAUUACCUCUUUGGAGGCCUUGACUGUGACAGAAUCUUCGGGUCUCGCGUCACUAACCCAAUCGUCAUCCACCUCAAAUCCACCACUCCUCGCCUCCAAAACUAUUUCCCCUUCUAUUCCGGCAUCAUCCCAACCGAAGUCCGCCUCUUAA